AUGGCGAUUGAUUAUCUAGGUUCCAUCCUUCCGCCCAACGUUCAAGUCAAAAUCAGUAAGACAACUGUGAAUGAACAUGAAUCCGUGCGGUUUGAAUGUGCUACCAGCGGAGGCUACCCGGAGAGCAUAGAGCGGUACCAGUGGCUCUGGAAGAAGAGCGGCUCCACUACGGAACAGGUUAUCCAAGACUCCGAGACCAGCACGCAGAAUGGGAAGCUUUUCGAGUUCGUGCGCAUACCAUACGACAAGAGUGGGACGUACUCGUGUAAGGCUUGGAAUCUUGGUGGGAUGGGACAGGCAUCGGCAGUCCUGACUGUGCAUUUUUCUCCUAGAACAGACACAGAGGCCAACACGACGUAUGACGUGGUGGGUGAGAUAGGCAAGGAGGCAUCGUUUGAACUGUUCAUCAUCGCCAACCCGACUCCGGCAACAACUGGUUACGUCUGGUCCAAAGAUGACAACAUCCUUUCGAACUCAUCGUCCGAAUAUAAAAUCAUUUCCGGCCCGACGUCGAGCAAGUUGGCCAUCGAACACGUCAAGUCCUCCCAUUAUGGGAACUAUACGUGUUCUGUGAAAACGAGCAGAUUUCAAGCGAAGGUUUUCAAAUUUAAGCUUUUCAAACCAGGUCCACCUUCUGCACCCAGCAAACUCGAAGUUGUCAAUUCAACUGCCGUAGCAGCGACGCUCACAUGGAUCUCAGAAAUCAAUGGCGGGUUGGAGCAGAGAUUUUACGUCCAAUACAAGAAGUUUGCCGACAACUGGAAUGUUGCCCCCGAGGUUCCCGAAGGAGGAAUAACUGAUCCAGGUCUCAAGAAAGCCGUGUAUCAUAAGAUUAUGGGUCUUGAGUCGAAUGUCUGGUAUAUGUUUCGAGUGCGCAGCAGGAACUCCCACACGGGGACUCACACGAGUAACUUUAGCAACGUGGCUUCCGGGGAAACACCAGAGAAACCCAAAACGUCCCUUAAAGGUGUGAAUCGGAUAGGUAAAAUAGUAACCGCGGGCUGGGAACGAGUGACUGGAAAAUAUACAGGGCUGAAGAUCAAAUACUGCCAGACCGGCACAGACGACUGCAUGACUCACACCGUGCCUAAACAAGAGAAUACCUAUGUAACAUUUGUUGUUGAUCCCGAUAAAUCAUAUUAUUAUUAUAUGGUUGUCGAAGAUGGUGGUGAUGUUGUAUACAGGAGCAGGGUCUUCAAUGACGAGGUUGAUGACAAGACAAGCAUAACAGCUGUAGGCGGUCUUGUUGGAGCCGGCAUUGUAACGAUACCAGUCGUCAUUCUGGCUAUUAUUUUAUGGAAACGUGGUCUGCUGCGAUGGAGGAAGAGGCAGUGUCAUCGACCGGCAAAUGACAACGCUGAUUACGAUGAUACCAGGGUUGAAUUCACAACAGACGGAAAACCUCAGGUACACAUUUACGCCAAAAUUGAAACAGAUCACGUAAAUGAUGUGUUUGACCGUGAACGCUGGCAUGGACAAAAACCCCCACAGCCAUUGCCUACGGGGCACCGAGUUCCGGUUCACGGAGCCCAUAGGAAUGAGCCUGCGGAGUCCGACGAUGACGUAGACGUUGACGUGGGUGCAUACGAUAACGCGACAUGGCAGCAGGGUGUUCCAGGUCUACGCCCAGUUCCUGCACCUCAGCAAAAUCAAACGGAGUGUGGCUCCUCAGACGAUGAGUCUGGGGAGUAUAUCUUAAGCGAUCCAAUAAGCGACCAGGAGGGACAGGAGCCUGAAGGUACAUACAAUGACCUACCAAUCCUCGUAACAGACGCACAGAAAGAGCUAAGAAUUCACAAGGACGCGCAGCCUGACCAAAGUACAGCAGAGAGCAGUUCAAGACAAGCUAAUGGCUCCUCAGACGAUGAGUCUGGGGAGUAUAUCUUAAGCGAUCCAAUAAGCGACCAGGAGGGACAGGAGCCUGAAGGUACAUACAAUGACCUACCAAUCCUCGUAACAGACGCACAGAAAGAGCUAAGAAUUCACAAGGACGCGCAGCCUGACCAAAGUACAGCAGAGAGCAGUUCAAGACAAGCUAAUGGCUCCUCAGACGAUGAGUCUGGGGAGUAUAUCUCAAGCGAUCCAAUAAGCGACCAGGAGGGACAGGAGCCUGAAGGUACAUACAAUGACCUACCAAUCUUCGUAACAGACGCACAGAAAGAGCUAAGAAUUCACAAGGACGCGCAGCCUGAUCAAAGUACAGCAGAGAGCAGUUCAAGACAAGCUAAUGGGUCCAAUGGGCAGACUCCAAGUCGCUCGAAUGGCGCCCAAGAGUUGGUUACAAGUCGUUCGAACGACAAUAUGGCAAACGAGCAAGGGUCACCAUACGCGCAUUUAGAUCCAGUAGCGCCAGUAACGCAUGGAGGGUACUUGGACUUCAGACAACUUAGUUCGGAAUAA